ACCUACCAAACCGACUGUGGUGAGGGGGCCUAGCCUUGGACACCCCCUCCCCAGCCAGAGAAGAGAAGGGUUAGGCAAGAAGGGAGUCAGGGCCCUCACCAUCCAGCCAAACCAUCAGUCACUGCCCGUGAAUCAGUGCAGAUCUGUACUCUGGCCAUCUCUCACCCUAGACAUAGUGGACAGUUACAUAUCUGGCUUGAAUAUCUGCCCACUGGGAGGAUUUUUCUUCAACACUGUCUUCACAGUCACCCCUGAGUGGGGCAGCAAUGCUAUCUCUGUCCACUUUCAUGUACCAGCAUAUCAUACAGACCCAUCUGUAGUCCAGGCUUGAGGUUUUCUACCUCCGUCAACUAGUCAUAAGCAACCCCCUGGAGGCCAUAGGCAUGGAAGGAGGGAGGAGGCUAAGCAACAGGAGAUGGUGUUGCAGGAGUUGGAGCCAUCUGAUCGUGCAAUUUACUUGUACCUAAUGGACCUGUCUGAGUUCAGUCUCAUAUCCCAUUUCCACUUGAUGACAAAUUGCUGCUGAGCACGCCCAACCUCAUGACAUAUCAUGAUGGCAGCUCAAGCUUCAUGGUCACCUGAGGUCCCAUGGUUAGACAUUCAGCCUCUACCAAGGCCCAGUAGCAAGCCAGAACUUGCUUUUCAAAAGGAGAACAGUUAUCUGUAGAAGAGACCAUAGAUUUGUUUCUAAAUCCUAGAGGUCUGCACUGUAAUUCUCCUAUUGGUAUUUGCCAAAGGCUCCAUUCCUAUUGGAUACUUCAAGUAUCAUUGGAUAUGUUGGAUCAUGAGACUCAAAUGGUAGAGCAGCUUAUGCUGUAGCCUGAAUGUUCUGCAGAGCCUCCUCUCACUCUGCUCUCCAAUCCACCAGCCUGUAGAUGGGUUGAAGCUGCCCACUCAAAUGUGUAUGUCGCCUCCAAAAUCCAAAAUGACCUACCAAGCGUUGUGCCUUUUUUUCCUUGUAGAUUUUACAAGAUGUAGCACCUCAUUUUCACCCUGGGUGGGCUAUUUCAACAAGCUCCCGACCCCAGAAAUUUCACUGCUGGUACCAAUUUUGUAUCAGCCUUGUCCAAUUAGGAAAAAGAAGCCAUAGAAAGAAAAAGAUUAAUAUAAGAAGUAUUAACUAUAACAGGGGAUUGGAAUAAUGGUAUUGGCCAGUAAAAUGUAAAGAGAACUCUAAGCAAUAUAGAAUGGUAGCUAUAAGAAGCAGCCACUAACCUGGAGCUGAGCUCCUAUUAUAGUGAUAACUAAACUCUACUGUGAUGGCCUGUUUCUUUGUCCCAUCACAGGACUGUAGGGUCCUUGAAAGCAGGGACCACAUGUCUUGUUCUCCAUUAUAUCUCUAAUGCUAAGAAGGGGAGGCCUAGCACCUCCAAAGGCUCUGAAUACAUAUGAGUGAAUGAAUGAAUGCAGCCAAUAUUGGCACUCUAGCAGCCCACAGGAGAAUUAUCCUGUUUCCUGCUAUUAUACAUACGCCAGACCCAAAGAAAAGUAUCUCCCACACACACCUGAAUGCGUCCGUCCAAUUGAGAUGCUGAUCACCCUCGCAAGGAAGCUGCCAAUGGAGGCUUAUGUGUAUGUAGCCUUUGUCAACCUCUACUUAAGAGAAGGGAAAUGCCUAGCCCAACUUCUCAGACUGUCUCCUCCAGGUUCUUAGUCCCCAGGCCGAGAGUUAACCCCAAAGAAUCUCACUGUACUCCAGAUUUCAACGUGAACACCUGCCCACUGCUGGGCCUCGUUUUCGGAACUCGCACAGGUGCAGGUGGUAUUCCCAUCAUAGGCCCCCUCCCCGGAUCUAGAAAAAAACAGUCCGCCAGGGCGGGACCAAGUAACCCCUCCGCGGGCGGAAGCUAGGCUGGGCCUAGAAAGCAGGCCUGGGCCUGGACCCGCUGGCAGAGACCAGGUCAUGGGCGAUGCACUGAGGUUGCCCACAGUGCGGCUGCUGACCGACUCCCUGGAGUCCUGCUCCCGGGCGGCCGGCACUGCCACGUUGCCACCGUCCAUGCCGGGGGCCUCCGUGCUGCACUCUGUGGCCGCCCAGGUACAGAGGCAUUACCAGCUCGUCUGGUCCUGCUACCGCGGAUAUCAGGGAAAUCGCAUCGAGCUAAUGGAACACGUGGCGCAAGAGACACUCCACGACCGCCGCGUUCCCAGAUGGGGCCGCGUGGUGGCGCUUAUUAGUUUCGCGGGGACGCUGAUGCAGAGACCCCCGCCAGGCCGCAGGCUGGAACUAAAGGAAAACAUGAUAUGCCGACACACUCAGAGAUCUUGUGGAAUUUUGAAAGAAGUGAGUCAAAAGAGCAUUCCUGCUAUAACUGACAAAGUGAAGUGUCCCUAUGUCCUUCUAUCCACCAUGUUGGACUACUUACAGAUCCUAACUCAUCAAAUGUUCCCAAUUAUGGGUUGCCUAUUGGAUGGCUUUUGUCACUUGUUCACACCUGCACCGAUAUCUUCUUGGGAAAGACUGCUGGUCCAGGUUCUUCUGUCAUACUUUACAGCAACAAUCUUAACCUAUUUGUGGACAAAAUUUUCGACUUCCAAUACUAUGCUGAAGAAAAGUGGAUAUUGA